AUGACGAUGCCUGCCCACAACGCAUUCGGCAAGUUCGGAUCACCAGUCGGCAAAAAAGAUCUGUGCGUUCAUCUAAGCCGAUCGGUAUUGAGCACUUCCACUGCAGGAUCAAUCGGGAGACUGACACCGGAAUUAUACAGAAACACGACCAGCAUCCCAAACACGACUUUUUGUUCGACAGACACUGCGAACGAGGAAGGCUCUGGCAAAAUCCAGUUCACGCUCGAGUUUUGUAAAAACUCUCACGGCUUAAAAAUAUUUGUCGAAAGUCUCUCUGAGCUUUCGGCUAGUUCAGAAAAGGAACCUUCUUCCAACCCACAUGUUGAAGUGUCUCUCGUACCGGCGCGAGAUGUCCGAACAUUCAGACCAAAGAACUCGCCAGAAGUUCGGAGCAAGACGGCCAAUCCUAUUUACAACGAGUCCUUCGAGCUUCCAAUGCGGCUGAGAGACUAUUCGCAGAAGAUGCUUCUGAUUAAUGUGACAGUGUGUGACGAGAAGGGUAAGAAGGCGAGAAUUCUGGGCUACUACCUUGUGAAGGACUUGGAAAUGUACUGCUCCAGUUCCGUUUACGCUUUCGACGAGUAUUUGUACCCACGAAAACACCACGAUUGCGACUUCAGAGGGAAGGUGUCACUCUCUCUGAUGUACAUUUCAGCUGCUAAACGCAUGUCUAUCACAGUUCACAAGGCAGCUCAUCUCAAGGCCAUGGACUUCAACGGCUCUUCAGACCCCUUCGUGAAGAUCUGGCUGGUGGUGAAUGGGCGGAGGGUGCGAAAAAGGAAGACACAGGUGCACAAGAAGUGUGUUCACGCAGUGUUCAACGAGACAUUUCUCUUUCCAAUCGACUCACUCCGACUUGACCGCACAGUCUUCCAAGUACACGUCAUCGACCACGACAGGUAA